AUGCUGUACCCUGUCGCAAUAACGGUGCGAGAUGCGCUCAACCAGGCCAUGGAUGAGGAGAUCAAAAGAGACGACCGCGUUUUCUUGAUCGGAGAAGAAGUAGCCCAGUAUGAUGGAGCGUAUAAGGUUUCGAAGGGAUUGUGGAAGAAAUAUGGGGACGACCGAAUUAUCGACACGCCUAUAACAGAGCAAGGUUUCACAGCUCCUACCACUUCCGUACCCGCUAAUAACACUCCGUCUCCGGGACUUGCUGUUGGUGCCGCUUUCGCUGGUCUACGUCCUAUCUGUGAAUUCAUGACAUUCAACUUCUCCAUGCAGGCUAUAGAUCAAAUGAUCAACUCAGCUGCUAAGACGUACUACAUGUCAGCAGGAAAGGUGCCCUGUCCAAUUGUCUUUCGUGGAGCAAACGGCGCCGCAUCCUGUGUUGCUGCGCAACACUCCCAGGAUUUCAGUGCGUGGUACGCUCACUGCCCUGGACUGAAGGUGAUGGCGCCAUACAGCUCCGAGGACGCAAAAGGUCUCUUGAAGGCCGCUAUCAGAGAUGAUAACCCAGUUGUGUUCCUGGAAAAUGAACUUCUUUAUGGCCAUUCAUUCCCCGUUACUGAAGAGAUGCAAAAGGAAGACUUCGUAUUGCCCAUCGGAAAAUGCAAAAUUGAAAGACCUGGAGAUCACAUCACAAUCGUGUCUUUCUCCAAGGGAGUUGAAUUGUCCCUAGCAGCAGCCAAAGAACUCGAAGCACUUGGAGUUUCCGCUGAAGUAAUAAACCUUCGUACGUUACGUCCACUAGAUUUUGACUCUAUCCAAACAUCAGUGAUGAAAACAAAUCACCUCGUCACGGUUGAGCAGGGAUGGCCAUUUGCAGGUAUUGGUGCUGAGAUUUGUGCGCAAGUGAGUGAAUCUGCAGCAUGGGAUUACUUAGACGCUCCUGUUCUGCGUGUCACGGGAGUAGAUGUGCCGAUGCCGUUUGCCCAUCAUCUUGAGGCCGCAUGUCUCCCUCAAGCAUCUCAUGUUGUAGCCGCAUGCAAGAAGAGUCUUAAUAUUAAAUAG